CAUCGGUCGGCGCCGAGGCUGAGCUCGGAACGAAGAUGAGCGGCCGACGGGCGAAGUUCGAUCUUGUUCAGGAGCAUGGUGCUGGGGGUUAUGAUUCAGAAUUCAGUGAUGAUGAAAAUGAAGCAGAGAUAUCCAAUUGUAAAAGUCAAAGGACAAGAAAUGAUGCUACGAUACUUAAAAAGCCAUUCCAAAAGGAAAAAUACACCCGAUUGCCCCACAAGCAAUUUGCGGCUCAGGAAGGGGACAGGGAAGAAGCAAGAAACCGAUGUUUCCAUCUUAUUGCUAUGGAUGCUUAUGCACGACACAAGAAGUACAUCAAUGAUUAUUUGCUUUAUUAUGGUGGCUCCAAAGAAGACUUAAAGAGAUCAACAGUGAAUGAUAAAACAGACCUGGAUGUGAUAAGAGACAACCAUAGAUUCUUAUGGACAGAAGAUGAUGAAACUGAUAUGAACUGGGAGAAAGCAUUGGCAAAGAAAUACUAUGAUAAAUUAUUCAAAGAAUAUUGUAUUGCUGAUUUGAGCCAAUAUAAACACAAUAAGAUUGGAUUUCGGUGGCGAGUAGAUAAAGAAGUAAUUUCAGGAAAAGGUCAAUUUUGUUGUGGAAACAAGCACUGUGAUGUGAAAGAAGGUCUGAAAAGUUGGGAGGUUAACUUUGGAUACAUGGAGCAUGGAGAAAAAAGAAAUGCCCUUGUGAAAUUGAGGGUGUGCACUGAGUGCUCCUAUAAGUUGAAUUAUCAUCACAAGAGGAAAGAAGUAAAAGCUGCAAAGAGGAAACGUAAAGAGGAACACCACGAUGCUCCAGCAGAGAAGAUAACCAAGACCAGAAAGAAGCAAAGUUCCAAAAGCGAGGGCAAAUCUUCCGCCAGCAGAACAGAUAGUGACAGUGAUGAUUCGGAUAAAGAAUCAGAAGAUACACCAAAUACAGAAGAUCCCUCUGAGGCUGAAUAUUGGAAAGGACCGAGUCAGGAUGUGGAAGAUAAGACCAGGGAGGAUGAAUUUGAUGAAUAUUUUGAAGACAUGUUUCUAUGACCUGUGCAAUGAAGAAGACACCAAAGGUUGCUUACUUCAUUCAUUUUAUUCCAAAAGAAGGUAUCUUAAUUAUUACUCAAUUAUCGAUUUGUCCUUUCAUUCUGAAACCUAAUUUUACAUAAACAGUGAAUUUAUGUUUCACUUAAAGCAGGGGAAAGCCCUGAAAAUUGAACAGUGUAAAUCAAAACCAACAAAUUGUGAAGAUAAAUAUUCUGUGUGAAUUAAUUACAAUGUAAUGUUCACAGAGGAACUGCUAAUUGCUACAUUUUAGUAAUAUGUUGAGAUUAUCUUGGGGGAUCUCUAUAUUCCUCAGAAAUUUCAAAGAUAAUAUUCCAGAUGAAGGAGAAUUGACACUCAAUAGACUUGCUCUUUAGACAGCUCAACAGGGUUUAAAUACUCUUUUUAUUAAUUUAUUUUUUAUUAGUUGGAAAUAUGUUGAUAUGUUUCAGAAAGAUGCUUAAUUGUCAAUGAAAUCCCAGAGAGUAACUAGCGAAGUGUCUGCAGUUUAUAUAAAUAUAGUAAGAAAUUACAUAUUCUGUGUUGUUUUGAGAGGAUGAUUUGUACAGGUUUAAGAAAGUUAUUUCUUAUGCAACUUUUUAUAUUAAUGCUAUGCCACUUAUUGUGCAACUGAAUUUUCCUCAUAAAUGAACUACUGUACAUUUAAUCUUUCAUAACCUUUGUUGUCUUCUCUCUCCUAAGGUAAAAAUAUUGCUCUUGGUAUGCACAAUGAUAUGGAGGGUAUUAAUGAAUAUUAGCAAAGUAUAGAUUGUUUCAGCAGGUACUUGGCAUAAAUGUGGAAACUGCAAUUCAAAGGAUCAUAGAGAAAAACAUAUUUGGGAGAGAGGAAAGAAAAAGUAGAUGAGCUCUUAUUGUUAAAUUGAAGUAAUCGAGGGAAAACAUGAAAAGGAUGAUUAAGGGUGUAAAAUGAACUUGGACUUGUGGAGCUUGUGUAAAUUUAACUGGGAGUUGAAAGGAAAUGUACACAAUACAUUGGUUCAUCUUCAGGUUUCUACAAUUCUGAGAAGUUUGGGCAUGUCGAAAUACUGCAGCUUUAGAUGAAGCCAAACUUGAAAUUACAUGAUUUUAAUGAGAAACUCCUAAUUAAAACAAAGUGGUACAAAUUAAAUGGAAUAACAGAACUGUUCAAAUUUGUGGAAGAUUGAAUGAUGGUGAGUUGACAGAAGGACAGAAAUUCAGUACACUCUGUGCUCGUUGCAUCUGGGGUAUACGUUCCUUGCAGUCGAUGCAUAAUGUGAGAUCGCAUAAUGUGAAUAAUUAUUUAAAUGGAGAAAAUAGGGAUGCAUUCUGGAGGGCUUCCUAAAUAUGUUUUAUCUGUAAUUUAUUCACAUUUUCAUACCAAUAUGACACAAAAGUAGUACCACAAGGCAACAUUUGUAUUAUAUUUCAUCAAUUUAAGGUAAUAUUCAAUAUAAUAAAUCAUAGAAAGUUAACAUACUAGGGUGUACAGUACUCACCAACAGUAGCAGGUGUGUUCGCUCCGGGAGAUGAGUGGUUGUUGUGGUGUCAGGCAGUUUGACAUGGAUAAGGUGGAUGGUUGUGGUCAUCAGGAUCAUGUCAAGCACAGCAAUGCAUGAAGGAAGACUCACAGAACUCUUAGAACUGCCGGCAACAGGAGAUGACACCAGUUUGAAUAAGGUGGUGAGGGUUGUUUGCUUAGCAGCAUUUUGUUUUUUAGCAAUAAUUUGCUUGUAGGGAAGAAGGGUUGACGGCAGGGAAUGACUGAAAUGCUGACUCCGUUCUAAACUUGGGUCCAUGUCCAUUGCCAUUUGUGCCAAGUGUUCGGACUUCCACCAUUCCCUCACCGUUGGGAAACUCCCGGGAUUUUCAAAGUCAUCUGUUGCUUGCAGUAUCUGAGAGAUAGUUCACCGUAAAAAAAAAUAUGCCUUGAAUGUGGAUCACACCUUGGUCGAGUGGUUGAAUCAGCGAUGUUGUGUUAGGCAGUAGGAAAUGCACUGUUAUGUUAGAAUGAAUGCUGUUCAAAUGUUUAGGAUGAGCUGGUGCAUUGUCAAGCAACAAAAGAACUCUAAAGGCAAGAUCCUGUUCCCGGCAGUAGUGCCCCAGAGCUGUGUUACCUUCACCUGAUGCCACGCUGUUUAUAAUUUCCAACUUUUUUUCAAGUGUUAAAGCAGUUCUCUGCCGCUCAGCUGAUGGCCCAGGACAUGACGUUAGACAUUUAGGAGGCAUAGUUAAAUAUUUCAAGCAUAAAAUCACUGCACUGUAGGUAAAACCAACAAAAGUUUAAGAGCGCAAGAUCGCAUAUCCUCACCUUGCCAAAACCAAUGCAAGACUGGCGGCAGUGAGAUUGUGAGGCACGCGUACCUAACUAUGAUGAUACUAAGAUAGGUGGUGUUGUGGAUAAUGAAGUAGGCUUUCAAAGCUUGCAGAGAGAUUUUAGGCCAGUUAGAAGAGUGGGCUGAAAGAUGGCAGAUGGAGUUUAAUGCUGAUAAGUGUGAGGUGCGACAUUUUGGUAGGACUUAUCAAAAUAGGACAUACAUGGUAAAUGGUAGGGCAUUGAAGAAUGCAGUAGAACAGAGUGAUCUAGGAAUAAUGGUGCAUAGUUCCCUGAAGGUGGAAUCUCAUGUGGAUAGGGUGGUGAAGAAAGCUUUUGGUUUGCUGGCCUUUGUAAAUCAGAGCAUUGAGAAUAGGAGUUGGGAUGUAAUGUUAAAAUUGUACAAGGCGUUGCUGAGGCCAAAUUCGGAGUAUUGUGUGCAGUUCUGGUCAAUGAAUUACAGGAAAGAUGUCAACAAAAUAGAGGGAGUACAGAGAAGAUUUACUAGAAUGUUACCUGGGUUUCAGCACCUAAGUUACAGAGAAAGGUUGAACGAGUUAGUUCUUUAUUCUUUGGCAGAUAGAAGGUUGAGGGGGGACUUGAUAGAGGUAUUUAAAAAUAUGAGGGGAAUAGAUAGAGUUGAUGUGGAUAGUCUUUUUCCAUUGAGAGUAGGGGAGAUUCAAACAAAAGGACAUGAGUUGAGAGUUAAGAGGCAAAAGUUUAGGGGUAACACGAGGGGGAACUUAUUUAUUCAGAGAGUGGCAGCUGUGUGGAACGAGCUUCUAGUAGAAGUGGUAGAGGCAGGUUCGAUAUUGUCAUUUUAAAAAAAAAUUGGAUAGGUAUAUGGACAGGAAAGGAAUGGAGAGUUAUGGGCUGAGUGCAGGUCGGUGGGACUAGGUGAGAGUAAGCGUUCGGCACGGACUAGAAAGGCCGAGAUGGCCUGUUUCUGUGCUGUAAUUGUUAAUAUGGUUAUAUGACUUGUAUUG